AUGCGUUCUGUUCUCUGGCUCUCUCUUGCAGCCACCGCGUCGCUCGCAUGGGCCCAGCCUGGUCGCAUGAACGCUCCCCGCCAGGCCACGGGCGACACUGGUGCCGCGACUGGCGCUGUCGCAACCGCGGCCGGCACUUCGGUGUCUCAGAAGUCGGUAGUGGUGUCCAACUCGGCGUCCAACACAGGAUCCAACACGCAGUCGACUGCCUCUGUCUCCUUCUCCACGUCGCAGUCGUCUACGAGCCAGAGCCAGAGCCAGAACCAGAGCGAGUCGUCGACGGAAUCGACUACCAGCGUCAUUCCCACCUACACACCCUCCGAGACGCCCGCCCGUACCUCUGUCAACCCGUCUGCGGCGACCCCGACGAAAAACGCUGCUGUCGGCGGCGCCAACAUUGCGAGCGGCGCCGGCGUCCUCGUCGUGGCGGCCGUCUUCGCCGCCGUGUUGUAA